UCUUUAAAUAAGCGUCGCUCAUUUGGAAAGAAAAGGGAUGGAAAUGGAGCAAAAUCACAUUAAUAAUCCCCAAGGAGCUGCUGUUUAGCGAAACGUUGAUGAAGUGAGCUAGCUCACUCGUCUGCUCCAAGAGCAUCUUUCUUGUGAAGAAGGAAAAUAUUAUAUUGAAUUAUACUUUCUGUGGUUAAUAUGAGCACAGAUCUAUAUAUUUCUUAAAAACAGAUUUUAUUUUUUUACAUUAGGCAAGCAAUUGUCACCCUUAAGGAAAUUGUUCUGAACGGGUGCAAAAAUGUCUGUCAAAGUCACCUUGUAUGAGUUGGCAGACCUCUCCAUUGGGACGCCAGAGAUUGGUGUUGUUAAUUUUAAUGCCCUCCAUGCCCUUCUCCAUGCCAUCCUGAAGCACUUCAACAUUCAAGAAAUUAAAGCGGAUGUCAAGGUGGAUAAAGGCCCACCAUCCAAACCAGAAAUGCUGGCUGCUGCAGUUGGUGAUCUAUUAGCAGAAGAGGCGUUGCGGAAGGAGAAAGGGGACAAGGGAGGUGCACUGGGUGAAGAUGCAGAUUCCCGACUUGCUGACUUGGAAAAAAAACUGUUUCUGCUGGAUGCUAAUCUCCAUGGCAUGGAAGAUAAGGUCAAUGGGAUAGAAGACCAAGUUCAAGGAGUCCAAGAUCAGGUUCAGGGGGUCCAGGAUAAGGUCCAGGGAGUGCAAGACAAAGUGAAAGGAAUGGGGAAACAGCUCAAAAGCUUCGAACAGCAGGUUGCUGGCCUGGAGAAACUGCCUUCCGGAACCGAAUUGCUGGAGAAGGCCAGGAGCGGCUCUGGCAGUGCUGUGGCUGACAUGUGGCAAAUGAUGCAAAUGCAGAAAAAGGUGGAAGCCAAUGAGAACGGCAUCAAUCAGGCCAUGUCUCUGCUGCAGGAUUUGUUGGACGAGACCGGCAACAUGAAGUCGGCCACAGGCAACUUGGAGGAUGAAGUACAAAAAAUUAAGGAGCACUUAGCCUUGAUAGACCCCCGGGGGUUUGAUGAUCGCCUGCAGUCUUGCUUAAGUGACCAGCUGAGCUUGGAUCACGAUGUGAAAGAUUUAGAGAAAAGACUAAGCCUAUUUCCUUCUCCUGAGGAAAUGAACAAUAUGGUACGGUGGGAAGUCCUUGAGGAUGUUCUUGUAAAAGGGAAGAUAAGCCCAACUCCGGAGACAAGUCCAGUUCAGGGCUCUCCAACCAGCCCUACCACCUCUCCAGAAAGCAAAACCCCUGGAUCUCCAGGAACCCAGCGCCCUGCCUCCCACAGACGAGAGGGGGCACCCGGGGCACAGGCUGGUGCACCAGGGGCUCCAAGAUCAGCAGGCAUCCCCACAGCCCAGCCAGGAGGUCCUGGAGUGCAGGGCCAGCCAGGCCUUGCGGGAGCAGAAGCUGCUUCUGCAGGGUCCCAGCCAGGAGCUGUCUCUCCUGGAACCCAGCCAGGAGGAGCGGCAGGAGUACAGCCAGCCCACCCUGCGGGUCAGCCAGGAGCUCCUGGAGCAUUCCCAGGGGCCCCUGGCACACAGCCUGGGGCUCCUGGGGCCCAGGCACCCUAUCCGGGGGCACCCGGGGCCUAUCCCGGGGCUCCUGGGGCCCAGGCACCCUAUCCGGGGGCACCCGGGGCCUAUCCCAGAGUACUUGGGGCCCAGGCACCCUAUCCGGGGGCACCCGGGGCCUAUCCUGGAGUACUUGGAGCUUAUCCUGGGGUUCCUGGGGCCCACGGGGCUCAGCCACCCUACCCUGGGGCUCCCGGGGCCCAGCCUGGGGCCCCCGGGGCCCAGCCACCCUACCCCGGGGCCCCCGGGGCCCAGCCACCCUACCCCGGGGCCCCCGGGGCCCAGCCUGGGGCCCCCGGGGCCCAGCCACCCUACCCCGGGGCCCAGCCACCCUACCCCGGGGCUCCCGGGGCCCAGCCUGGGGCUCCCGGGGCCCAGCCACCCUACCCCGGGGCUCCCGGGGCCCAGCCUGGGGCCCCCGGGGCCCAGCCACCCUACCCCGGGGCUCCCGGGGCCCAGCCACCCUACCCUGGGGCUCCCGGGGCCCAGCCUGGGGCCCCCGGGGCCCAGCCUGGGGCUCCCGGGGCCCAGCCACCCUACCCCGGGGCCCCCGGGACCCAGCCACCCUACCCCGGGGCUCCCGGGGCCCAGCCUGGGGCUCCCGGGGCCCAGCCACCCUACCCCGGGGCUCCCGGGGCCCAGCCACCCUACCCCGGGGCCCCCGGGGCCCAGCCUGGAAUUACUGAGGCUGAGAGAGGUUAUCCUAGUGUUUCUGGGGUUCAGCCGGGUGAUCCUGGGGCCCAGGGUGUUUCUCCUGGAGCUGAGGCUGGAAUUCCUGAGGCUCAGCCCAUAGUUCCCUGGCCCACCCCAUUCUACCCUAGGGCCCAGCUGGGCUGGCCUGAUGCCCGAGCUGGAUUCUUUGGCCAGCCUGCUUUUCCCUGGACUGCCCCUCUUGGAUAUGAGCCUAGCACUCCUCUUGCAUUGCCAGCAGCAGGCCAACUCGCGGUGCCCCCUGGACCUGUUCUGGGCGCCACACCACCUACAUCUCCGUUAUUGUCCUCCGCAACUCCCAUACAAGAUGCGGAGACUCCGUCCUCAGGAUCCUCCUUGGCCCCAGCCCGCUACGCUGAUACCGUCGACGCGCUGCGCUCCCUUGCACAGUUGACUGACCUCUGCUUUUCACUGAGAGAACAGAUCGGCUUGCUGGAUCAGUACAAGUGCAGCCAUGCUGACCUCCGUAGGCUGCAGGACUUCCUCACCGACGCACUUUAUAGGAGCUUUACCCUCAUCCCACCUGACCUUCCAGAAAGGCUUGCCGCAAUGAAGGCCAUGGAGGACGACCUGAAAACCGAGAAAGAAAAGUUGAGCAAGAUUCAGAAAGUGAUUGAAGGAGAGGUGGAACCCAUGUCGACAGCAGAGAAGGUGGAAGGAGCUGGGCAGAUCAACAUGCAGAUAGGUUAUCUCAGAGCAACAGUGCAGGAUAUAGAGAAAGAACUAAAGGAGCUGAGAAGCAAGCAGGAGCUGGGGAAAGCCACGCUGGAACAGUCGGUGACUGACACUGCCUUCUACCUCCAGGAACAGUUAGACAAGCUUAGAUCUGUCAUAGAGAAUAUGAUGAACUCGUCGUCCGCCCUGCUCUCCAUGAGCAUGCCACCGACCCCGGAGCCUGGGCUGGCUCAGGUCCAGGGCACCUGCGCCGCAUGCAGCUUAGAUGUCAGUGAGAAGGUCAGCCAGCUGUUCAAGCGCUAUGAGCAGCUGCAGGAUUCGAUCAACAACUUUAUGUUGAGGCAGGCGGAAGGCAAGUUGGCGAAGAAACCCAAGCACCGCCAGGAUGAAGAAAUGCUUAGCCAGAUCCAGAACACCAUCCUGCAAGUUCAGGACGAAUGUGAGAAGCUGAAUUCCACCACAGGCAGCCUCAUAGAAGAUCAUCGCCAGAAACAGAAGGAGAUCAGUAUGUUGUUCAAGUCCCUGGAGAAGCUAGAAAACCAGAAGGCAGACAAAGAUCACAUAGUUAUGGAAAUUGACGUGAAAGCAGACAAGACUGCUCUUGCUGCGAAGGUCAGCCGCAGCCAGUUCGAUGCCACCACCGAGCAGCUGCACAAGAUGAUGCAGGAGCUGUUGAACAAGAUGGCUGGCCAAGAGCAAGAUUGGCAGAAAGUGCUUGACAAGCUCCUGAUUGAGAUGGACUCCAAAUUGGACCGCUUGGAACUGGAUCCAUUCAGGCAGCAGCUGGAGGAGCGCUGGAAAGAUAUCCGGAAGCAGCUAAAGCAGAGGAUGCCACAAGAUUUAGGAGAUGAAGCUGCCGGGAUCAGGAGGAGACUCUUAGCUCAUUUCCACUGCAUUUCUUGUGACCGACCUUUGGAAAUGGUGGUGCCUGGCCCGCACAUCACAACACUCCCUGCUGUGCCAGGCUUACCCGCUCACCAGUCCCUCCGGCCAUACAUGGUUUAUGAAAUGGAGCAAAUCAGGCAGCUGAACCGCAAUCUCAGGUUAGGGCCCGGUGCUCGUUACGAUGCACUGGAGAAGAGCACGAGCCUCAACAAGCUCCGUCGCAUCCACUCCAAGAUGCUCAUGGAUAUUCAGAAGGUGCAGAGCCAUUAUGGCGGGCCCGCAAAAGUCAACGCUCAGAUGAUCAGGGAAAUGCUGCAGUCCCAGUGCCUCGGCUCAGGCCUGUAUGGCAGACGAGACCGACUUCCAGAGGUGACGGACUUCGGCUACGUGAGUGUCCCUCGGCACUGCGGGGGCAGCCACACCCUCACCUACCCCUACAGGCGCUACGGGAAGCUGCAGCAGCUCGCCCAGUGCAUGCCGCCCAUCCACGCGGACGAAAACGCCGUGCUGGCCAUGGUGAAGCAUGAAGAGGUAGACAUCCUGGGCCUGGAUGGUCAUAUCUACAAAGGACGGAUGGACACGCAGCUCCCAUCCAUCACCGGAAAGGACAGUCCUUCAAGACCGAGAAACAAGCUCAUCCGGUCCUCCUCACAAAGGCACCAGCCCAUGCUCAGCGACUUGCCCAAUCUCCCAGCUCGUCCCCACACAGCUAAAGUGUCUUUGCGCAGCCUCACAUCCAAAUCAGGUGGUGAUGGUUCCAUUGCACCGUUAGGGGUCACUGAAGAGCCUGGGAUGCAGGACAGAGAAACUUUGGAGCUGCACAUGCCAAUUCCCUCGAGACAGCGGUCGGAUGAGCAGUCUGCCUAAGCAGAGCAGCCUUGCUUGUGCCUCCAUGAGAACGUGAUUCUCACCGAUGAAAGCCAGACAAUAAAGAGUGACCAAACCAGGAAGAGGACUGUGCAGGCCUGCUGCUGCCAGAGGAGCGUGGCCAUCUUGUGGUGCUGCCCCUGUGGCAGGGGCUGCCCUG